UAGUGCAUCCGAUGAUGUUUUCUUUUGGUUGUCAUAAUCGUAAUCGAACCAGUGUCCUGCGUAGCAGUUACUAAAUUCUGUUUAUUUUACUCAUCGUGGAUGAGAUAAAAUCAAUAAAUCUUACGAUUUGCAAUGGAUUUAUCGAGAACUUCUAACGACAAGAAAUUGUCUAUCUGUAAAUGGUAUUUUCGAGUCGGUUUCUUAUUUCUACCAAUUGUAUGGGCAAUCAACACAAUUUGGUUCUUUAGCGAAGCGUUUCGGAAGCCAGCAUACGAAGAACAGAAACAAAUCCGAAAAUAUGUGAUUUUUUCGGGGAUCGGCUCUGUUGUCUGGAUUGUCAUAAUUAUUGCAUGGGUGUUUUCAUUCCAACUGAAUCGAGCUGCUUGGGGCGAAUUCGCUGAUUCGAUAAGUUUUAUCAUACCACUCGGUCGAGCAUAGUUGUCAUAAUGUAAAAUUCUUCUAAUUUAAAACGUUUUUGUGUAAUCUAAGUAACCUCCUCCCACUUCCCCAUACUUCGUUAUGAAAUAAAAAUAAUUUUUAGUGAAAA